AUGGGCGUGGACUACUACAAGGUGCUCCAGGUGGACCGCUCCGCCAGCGACGACGACCUCAAGAAGGCCUACCGUAAGCUCGCCAUGAAGUGGCAUCCCGACAAAAACCCUAACAACAAGAAAGAAGCCGAGGCCAAAUUCAAGCAAAUCUCAGAGGCCUACGAUGUCUUGAGUGAUCCGCAGAAGAGGGCUGUCUUUGAUCAGUUUGGGGAGGAAGGUCUUAAGGGGCAGAUGCCGCCUCCCGGCGCCGGAGGGUUUUCCGGCGGGAGGGAUGGAGGCGGGUCCGCCUCUUUCCGGUUCAAUCCCCGCAGUGCGGACGAUAUAUUCUCGGAGUUCUUCGGGUUUUCGAGCCCGUUUGGUGAUAUGGGGAACAUGGCCAGUGGGUCGAGGGCUGGCCCGUCGGGCUUCCCGAGGGGUAUGUUUGGAGAUGAUAUAUUCGCCUCGUUUAGGAAUGCGGCUGGCGGAGGGGAAGGCGGCCCGAGUGCUCCUCGGAAGGCCCCUGCUAUCGAGCGAAUGUUGCCGUGCAGUUUGGAGGAUUUGUACAAGGGGACUUCCAAAAAGAUGAAGAUAUCGAGGGAAGUGGUGGAUGCCAAUGGGAAAUUAUUACAGGUGCGUUCGCAAGUGUCAAGAUUGUUUACUUUAUGCCCUAGCUUGUUCAUUGUGAUCUUUUUUCGUGGGAGUCUUGCUAUGAAUGUGUUUAGUUUCAGCAACAACAAAAGCUGCAUGAAAGGCUUGUUGCGACCCUCUACCACAGAGGAAAUCCUCACAAUCGAAAUCAAGCCUGGGUGGAAAAAAGGGACGAAAAUAACUUUCCCUGAGAAGGGGAACGAGCAACGAGGUGUCAUACCCUCUGACCUUGUUUUCAUCAUCGACGAGAAGCCACACAGCGUGUUCAAAAGGGACGGUAAUGAUUUAAUUCUCACCCAAAAGAUCUCAUUGGUCGAGGCCCUAACCGGCUACACUGCACCAGUAACCACCCUCGAUGGCCGGAAUCUGACGAUACCUAUAAGCACCAUUGUUAGUCCCAGCUAUGAAGAAGUUGUUAAAGGUGAGGGCAUGCCGAUUCCAAAGGAGCCGGGCAAAAAGGGGAAUUUACGAAUCAAGUUCAACAUCAAGUUCCCCAGCAGGCUUACUUCGGAGCAGAAAACGGGCAUUAAACGGUUAUUGACAUCUUCUUGAACUUGAGCGGCUUGAGUAUGGUUAGUAUAGAUCUUUGUAAGCUAGUUUGAGCUGUCUGUCCUGGCUUGUCUCAUUAUUUUGGGGUUUGAAAUUAUGCGAGGGAUUUCUUUGUUUUCAAGAUAUGCAUCUUUCGAUCAAAUUAUUUCAUUUAUCAAAUUUGAUUUUAUCUAUUUGGUAAGAUCGACGCUUGGGAUUUUACGUCAAAUUUGCUUCUUUGGUACCGUUGUUUGCACGCUUGGC